AUGGGUGAGCUGGCGAAGGUCCAGGCACGCGCGUUGCUACCGUCGUUCGAUACGGACGAUGCGAGGGGGAAGAAGAACGAGCAUGAGAGAACCAUGGAGGUUCUCACGGCGGAAAUCACGCGGUCGCUGAAGACGUGCGAGCAGCGGCUGCAGCAGCUUUCGCGAAAAGAAGCGACGUCAGCGGGGAAUGCUGCCAUUGCGCGCAACGUUCAGAGAUGUAUGGCCACGGAUUUGCAACAACUUUCUAUGGAUUUCCGCAAACAGACAAAGCAGUAUCUACGGCGGUUGCAGCAGCAACAGCAGCCUCAAGAAAAGGCUGUGCUGGGCCGUGCUGGUGCUGGUGGUUCAUCAGGCAGGCUACACGAAGCAUCAUCCAGUGCAACGCAAACUGAUGAUGAUGACUACUUUGACCCAGAGUUUGAGGAGCGGCAGCUACUGCGAGUGAGGCAAAUGGAGAAUGUGACAGCCGAGAGGGAGAAAGAGAUUCAAGAGAUUGUGCAAUCGGUGCAUGACCUCGCCCAGAUCAUGAAGGACAUUUCAGUCCUCGUCAUUGAUCAGGGAACCAUUGUUGACCGGAUUGACUACAACAUUCAGAACAUCAGUGCAAACGUGGACAAGGGCGUUGAGGAGCUGAAGAAAGCCGAGAAGACCCAGAAGCAAUCAGCCCUUAUUUUCUGCAUACUAGUCCUCGUAGUGGCGGUCUUGGCUCUCUUUGUCAUUCUCAUCCUCAAGAAGCUCAUAUUCUAA